CUGCUGCUGCCGAGCGUGGGGACAUGGGAUGGGAUGGGAUGGGAUCGAGAGGGAGAGACACAUCAUACUAUCGUGGAAUGGUUUGGGUUGGAAGGGACCUCAAAGAUCAUCCAGUUCCAACCCCCCUGCCAUGGGCAGGGACACUUCCCACCAGACCAGGCUGCCCAAGGCCCCAUCCAACCUGGCCUUGAACAUCUCCAGGGAUGGGGCAGCCACAACAUCCCACCAGGAGAGGGAUCCAGCGGAGUCCAGCGCCGGGAAGAGGCCUCUCCGCUGCUGCCGAGCGCGGGGACCGGGACCUGGGAUGGGAUGGGGGUGUUGUCCCCCUCAAGUGCUGUCCUCGCUCCCGUCCCCUCCCGCCGCCCGGAGGAGCCACCGCUGCCGCUCCCCAGCUUCGCUCCCGGCCCCGAUUGCAUCAGCUUCAGCCCCGGCUCCACCUUCCCCGCCGCCCCCUCCAGCCCCUCGCGGCCCCGCCGGGCGCUCCCCGAGCUGGGGACAGGCUCCCGUCCCCUCCCCUACCCCACCCCAGGGACCGGCCACCGGCGAGGGGACGGCCGCCGCUUCCAUGACUUUUCCUGCUGGGCUGCUGAAUCACGGGGAGGCGGCUUCUCGCCUGUCCCCUCGGUGUGGCUCUGCACCGACCCUGUGCCCUCGAGAGGGUUGGGGGUGGCACCUCCAUGCUCGUCCCUCGGGGGCGGUGGCACCUCCAGGCGUGUCCCCCCGGGGGGUUUGGGGUGGUGGCACCUCCACGCGGGUCCCCGCUGCGUGGCGUCGCCACAGUUUUGCCCCGUGGAGCCUCUGCUUUUACUUUCUUUUCAGCCCCGGGCGGAUCUCGCCUGUUUUUCCUCCCUAGGGAAAAAUCUUGGCUUUCCAGCAGCUGGGCUGAAGCAUUUGAGGUUUCCUGGCUGAGCACCAUCCCAACCACCUCAGGAUGGGAUGGAGGAGCGAUAGAAGGGCCAGCGUGAGGCAAGGAUGGCUGCGGACGGGCUCUCCAGCAAGGCUCUGAAGGUGAAGCGGGAGCUGGGGGAGAACACACCGCUGCUGUCGGAUGAGGAGCUGAUGGGGCUGUCAGUGCGGGAGCUCAACCACCACCUGCGGGGCCUCUCCAAGGAAGAGGUGGCGAGGCUGAAGCAGCGCCGGCGGACACUGAAGAACCGGGGUUACGCUGCUAGCUGCCGGGUGAAACGUGUUUGCCAGAAGGAAGAGCUGCAGAAGCAGAAGAUGGAGCUGGAGUGGGAGGUGGACAAGCUGGCCCGGGAGAACGCUGCCAUGCGCCUGGAGCUCGACACCCUCCGUGGCAAGUACGAGGCCCUGCAGGGCUUUGCUCGCACUGUGGCUGCCCAUGGGACCCCUGCCAAGGUGGCCACCGCCAGCGUCAUCACCAUUGUCAAGUCCGGCACCAACCAGGCCGCCUACUCCUAGUGCUGGCCUCUGUCCCCCGGGUGGGCAUGGGCCUUCCUGGGGCACCUUCAACCACAAAUUGCCUCUCACCCCCUCCCCAACCUCCUCCUUGCCAGGACCUGUGCCCAAAAUCCUCUUUCUCCCAUUCCUUGACCUGCAGCUCUCCCAUGUAGGGAGGGCUGUCAUAACGUAGGUGCUGGGGUGGAGGAUAGGACCCCACUGCUGGUCCCUGAAGCCCUAGAGCUCCCUCCUCUCUGACCCAGGCCUGUCCCCUGCUGUGGCCCCCUGUCUGGGCAUCCCUCAUCUUUAGGGGUGCAGGCAGGAGAAGAUGAGCACAUGCAGGUAGCAGUGGGGAGGCAUCCCAUGGCUCCAAGCUGGCAGGAAAAUCAGGCACCUCUUUUUUUUGGGGAGGGCAUGGAAAAGCUGAGUGUGGGCCAGGCACUCCCAGGAGCGCGUGCCAUGAAGGGAAAGGAGAGGAAAGAGGUUUCACAGUGAGGGGCAAAAGAGGUAAGAUGAGGAAAGUGUCUGUAUGGGGGUUGGCAUUUAACCUGUGACUUGGACUGUGGCUGGAGCCUCUGUGGAUGGAGAUGGAAAGGGAAGGUGGCAGGUCGGAGGUGGUGAGAAAGUGGCUGUGGAUUGGUGCCUGGCAAGGGUGAGUGGAAUGGGAAAGUGCCAUGUCAGCUUGUGCUGGGGGACUCAAGAGGUGACAGUGGUGGAGGUUUUUCUCUUGGCUAGGGGAGAGCUGAGGGACGUGAUCAGGUCAGCCCAGGCUGUCAUCCAUGAAGGGGAGUAGCGUUGCUUUUCUCUCUCUCACGCACAUCCUUAACGCCUCUUCCUGCCUACAGGAUGCUCAGCCUGGCGGGCUGGGUGUCUCUGAAAUGCAGCAGCACCAUCAGGAAGGAAGCGAAGGCAGCUGGAGUAGAGAUAAACAGUUUUGCUCAGCACAGGCUGGCUUGAACAGUCCCUCCAAACACUCUCUGGCACCCCGCUGCCUACAAAGCCCAGGGAAAGGUGCUCCUGGGUGCCGAGAGCCAGAGCUGCGGAAGCAGAGAAAGGGGUGGAAGUGCAGGAGGUGGAAAGCAGGGGUGAAGAGCAUCCCUGGCUCCUGGGAGCUGCCUGGCAGGCAGGUAGGCUCCUCCCUUUGGUUUUCCUUCAGCUUGGUCACCCUUGUAGGACAACCAGCUCUUCAGCAGGCUGAAAUGCUGGAGAAGAGUUGGAUCGCUAAAUACAGGCAGCACGGAGAAGGUAACAGGAGGCCAGACCCCUCUUGGCAUCUGCUGCUGUAGAUGAUCCUCCCCACUGCUUUCUGUCCCUGCCUGGGUAUUUCCACGCCAGCCGCCCUCGGCUGCAGCCUCCAUCCUUUCCUGGAGAGAGGUGUCUGUCCCUCGCAGAGGGGGCACCAUGGUUAGCAUCUCCCCCACCCCAACUCCUCUUGGGUUUAUUUAUUGCACGAACAUAAGUUAUUUUCACGUCCUCUUUGCCAUUCCGCCUCUCGGCACAGCCAGGAUGUUGGUACAGAGCCGUACUUUAUAUUUUAUAUAUGCAAAUCACAUUUUAUCUUAUAUAGAGCAAAAAAAAAAUACUUAUUUAUUUUCUGACUUACAGUAUGUGUCCUACCCGACUUCUCUGUAUUUUGUAGACUUUACAAAUAAAGCAAGUUCUUUUUUUUUUUUUUUUUUUCCACAGUGAGAGUGUUUGGUCAUUCUUGAGCUUCAGGGACAGAGCUGUGCCUCAGUGAGACCGCGUUUUCUAGCUCCCUCUAGCUUUGCUGCAGGACACAUUCAAGAGUAUGCCCAAAAGAGAUGGGAUGGGCACAACUCGUGACUCUUUAGAACGAAGUUAGGUUCAUAGUCUCUGGGAGGAUAGGGGCCAGUAAGCAAGCUUAAUGCUGAACCUGACUCCCCAAAGCACUUUUGCUUUCAGGAGCAGUUCAGCCAUGCUGAAUCAGCUCUUACUAGGAAAGAUCAUGCUUUUUGCUGGGUGAAUUCACAGAAACACAGAAUGGUUUUGGUUGGAAAAGACCUUUAAGAUCACAGAGUCCAACCAUUGAUCCAGCCCUGCCAAGUCUGCCACUAGACCAUGUCCCCAGAUAUGACAUCUACUCAUCUUCUAAACAUUUCCAGGGAUGGUGACUUGACCACCUUCCUGGGCAGCCUGUUCCAAUGCUUGACAACCCUUUUGGUAAAGAAAUUCCUACUAAUAUCCAACCUAAAUCUCCCCUGGUGCAUCUUGAGGCCACUUCCCCAUGUCCUGUCAUUGGCUACCAUGAAGCAGAGACCAACUCCCACCUUGCUACAGCCUCCUUUCAGGCAGUUGUAGAGAACAGUAAGGUCUCCCAUCGGUCUCCUCCAGACUAAAAAACUCCACCUCCCUCAGCCGCUCCUCAUAAGGCUUCUGAUUUAAACCCUUCAUUACCUUUGUUGCCCUCCUCUGGACAUGAUUCAGCACCUCAAUGUCCUUCCUUCUUGUAGUGUGGGGCCUAAAACUUCCUCUAGGCUGCCCUAGGUAUGGUGUGGAAAAAAGAGGCAGGUGCAACAGGGCAGCUCCACCCAAAAACUUUCCCUACUGCGUAACCUCACUCAGUCACAGCAAGGAGGGAAGCAGAGAGCUUGUGUCUGUGCGUGGCAGAAGAGGAAGGAAGUAUGGUAGGCACCUUAUGCACAGGUGAAGCCUGACCUCCUCCCCACAGGGGAAAAGCCACCCUUCCUCAGAGCCAAGGUGGAAGCGAUGAGCAUGUUCCCUUGAUGCCCAAGCAGGUCAGGUUUCAGCCUUCUGGCAGCUUGCAGCACUCCCGUGGUGGUUCUGGGUUUUACAUUUACAUUCCAUCUAUGCAAAUUUCCCCAGCCUCACCACCACUCUUGGAAGAAAAGCCCAGAGCUGACCUUUGCUGGGGCCUCUCUAGGAGAAAGCAGCUCCCUUUCUCCCACAGGUGUUUCACACAGAGCCCCCUCCACCAGCACCCAUCUCUCCUUCAGGUUUUUGACAAAUGGGUUUUGCCAUCAGUGAUGCCUUAGCUGUAGUGCUGCUUCUGCCUAGAGACAAGCUGAAGCUUUCCUCUCAAGAACAGGACAAGACACAUUGACCCACUAAGCCUCAGCCCCUGCAACGAGCAAACGCUCUGUAUCAGUUCAGUGAAGUCACUCGAGACAGCACCACGCAGAGGCAGCUGAAGUACAAUCUAUAUUAUCUCUAUAUUUUUAUUUGUUGUCAUAUUUGCUCAUUUCUGCAGAGUAUAACGCCACGAAGACCAAAAUAGAGAGCGGCUUGUCGCUGAGCUCACAUCAGUUAAACACGAUAGGUACAAAACUAGGUGACUCUGUCUUAUUUAUCAUACAUUUUUUUUUUCAGUUUAUAUACAAAGAACUACUCUAUAUGGAAAAAUAAUAAACAAACCCCAUGGGUAUGUUACAUGGUAAACAGGAAGGACGGGAGGGAGGGGGAAGCAGGUGAGGGAGAGCAGCUCCAAGAGCCCAGUUCUGGAACCAACACAUUUGUUAGGGCCCUGGGCUACCGCGAGCAGACCUGCAAGACCACAGAUGCCUUGGCCUCCUUGGUGUCAAGCUCUGGGUCAGAUCAGGUGUUGGUUCCUCCAAGCCAGAGUGGCUUCAGAGCCAGUCCUUGCUCUGGCACCUACCUGUUGCGAGGGAGAGCAGGAAGCUCAGAGAUUAUUUUCUAUGGUGUUAAAAACCCCAUAUAUAUAUAUAUAUAUAUAAAAUUAUAAUGCAUGGCAGCUGGCUGUUGUUUGGGCACUAGUUCUUCACCAGGCUUUCCAAAGGCAACUAGUGCAAAACGGUUGUACUUUAAACCACUACAUACAGGAAGCUUCGGGAAUAUCGGGAUGCUCUGCAUGGCAUAUAUAGAGAGCACACUGUGCCCAAUCUUUGUUGUAUUGGGUGGCUGAGAUCUGAAUUCCCUGGGCUUGUCCAUUUGCACUUCAAAGAUGAUUGAGGCUUGGGAAAGCAUUUAGCAUCAUAGAAUUCAACGAAUGCAACAAAGAUGGGGACAGUCACCAAUUAAGUAACACUGGGACAUCAUCAAGGCCUGCAAAUGCAAGGCAAGGGGAGGAAGGGAUCGUGUCCCGUGCCCCGCUUUCCUAAGAGAGAGGAGAAGUUUGCCAUAAAUACCUCACACUAAAGGACUAUUAAUCAGAGCCAUGGAAGAUGGAAAGAAAGACCAUUCAAUGUUCAGCCCUGCUUUCCAGGCGGCUGAUGGCAUGAGGAAAAGGAGUUUUAUGCCAAGCUUACACAAAGCUUGGCAGAUGGCGUUUGCGUGUCCAUUCAAGCAGUGACAGAUUUAGUAAAAGCAGUAACUGCAUGGCAUCGCAGGAUGUGUGCAAAUAGGGAAAUCCAUCAGCAGAGAAGCUACUGGAUCCACUGACCCUGCCUCCAGUGCUCCCUCAAAAAUCAGCACUGUUGUUCCCACCUGCUUCACUGUCCCUCCAGACACACGAGCAUGGAAGGAGACACUGUCCUUAAGCCUUCCCUCCACCUUACCCUCACAGGAGGGAACAAACCUGCCUCCCUUCAAGCCCUUUUGUCCCUGCUCCUGACACACAUUCUGGCAGGGGUCUGAGGAAACGAGGUGCUCUUCACUCACAGUUGCUUCAGAGAAAGCGAAUGCCCAAGCACAUGGAUUAGGAUACGAGAGAAUAGGUGGAUGCCAGGCAGUAAACCAGACCCUAGUUCUCCGAGCAGAGUAACAAGGGGCAAUCUGAAAAUGUGCAGGUCUGCUGAGGGCAGGGCAGGCAUCAAGCAGAAGAGGAACAGAGAAACUAUAGCCAAGAAGAACACAGUACCUUGUUCUAACCUCUCCAUUUCGUAUCCUUCUUGGGUGUAGGGGCAUCUCACCUAUGGCACUUGAGUGUGCUCUCCCCUCCUACCCUAGGCAAUUUUAAACAAGCAGGAGGCAUUUCCUGGUCCCUGGAGAGAUCUACACAGGAAUCAUUUUUAAUUUGGCUCCACUCAAUACGUAGGGGCCAACCCAAAGCUCAGUAAAAGCAAGCGGAAGUUUCUUUUCCCAGUCCCAUGGAUGCUGGCUCCACCCUUGAUAGUAUCACAGUUGCUGCAUGGCCUGGGAAACGUGCAGCAGCAGGCACUGCUGCUGGGAAAUGGAGAGGGACAAUUUUAACCAGCUAGGUCAUGUCAGGUUUCAAGUCUGCUCCAGUUUGGCCUGGAACAGCUAUGGAGAUAAAAAAGCCAAAAAGGAGUGUGCAACAACCCUUCCUGAAUACUCCAGCCUAAGAGAAAAAUUUGUGCAGCUUAUAAGGGAACUCGGUAACAAGCACGGGGAGAGCUACCUGUGAGAGACCAGGACCUGCUCUUGCAGCCACCUGGUGCAAUCCACACCUUCAAGAGGUGUGGCUGUGUCAGUGGGAGACAGGAAACAAGAAGGGAAACAACACUUUAGUGUUCACAUAUCUUCCUUUCCCAAAGAGGGAUGGAAGGACCAGAGCUCUACAAGCUUCCACCACCUAUCGAGGUCAGCCCUUUGCCUUGUCAGCAGGAGACACACUCCAGGGAGGCUUCUUGCCACAGGAAUGCAGGGGAGGUGGAAAGCUUGAAACCCUGGCAAUUAGAAAAUCCCACUCUUGUGAGACAGUAAUUCCAUCCCUGCUAAGCUUCAACAAGCAUCAGCUUUGAUAGGGAGAUGGUGGGGGAGAUGCAGGGAGCAGAGGAACAGGAAAGAAGUCCUGUCAUGUUCCCCUCAACUCACUCAAGUACAGGACUGCACAACCAGCCGCUCGGGAGCGUGCAGCCAAUGUUCUUUACUAAGUAUUCAGGGCAAUGGCUACAGAGACACUAAUCUCUGGUCUGGUCCUUAGGAAUGCAUAUUGCUGCAUCCUAAUCCCAUUCCCCAAGGAUCACAGAGAUGUUAGUACCAGGGAGCUGAGGGAGCAAACUGUGCCUACAUUCAGGAAGAGGAAUGCAAAGUAGUUGGGUUGUCCAAUGGAAAACGAAAACCAAAACCACUUUUGACCACAACUCCAGGCUCUGGCCAGUCACACUCCACGCCAAGCAGGUCAGGUGUGGGGGGCCAGAGCCCCAAACCCCGGAGCUUUGCUUCAGUUAAUUCCAGUCAAUUGCUGCUGCAAGCAAUGGGCUCAAGAAUGGAGUCCUGGCCAUUCUCCCACCUCCACGCCACUCAUCGUGUCUGCACCCACAAAAGCUAAUUGGAAGUGCCCGCUUCUGCACUCUCUAGGAAGUGAUAUGACUGACAUGUUUCUGCCUUAAUAAAUUAAAAAAACAAACAAACAAACAAAAAAAAAAAAAACAAAA